UGAAAGUUGAGUUGUUUUAGGUCAUAUUUACACAAAAAUAUAUAAAAUUCUACAGGUUUCACAAACUUUAAAGCACAUCAAGGAGCUUAACUGGUUCAGUUUCAUUUUCCUGCAAGUGACGUGGUUCAUAGGAAAUGAAAGUUACAGCUGGUUUACUUUUCCCUCUUUUUAAGGGAAGGGAGGGGUUUGUGAAGAGCACAUUCACAAUCAGACGUUGUUGGUCUUUAUAAAAGGGCAGAGACAUUUACAUGAACCAGCAGAGCACAGAAAACUCAGAGCAAAGAUAACUGAAUGACUUCACACAUGGACCUUUCAUACAGAUGAUGAUGAUGAUGGAGAACCCUGAUUCUAACAGUGAAACCAAAUCUGUAAUUCCAUGUGUGCAAGUAGAUGACUUGGAGGAACGGGAAGCUAUAACCAAGGUAAAUUAUGAAUCUGUGUCCGAACCUGAAGAACUUCAACACCAGGAGCAGAACAAUGGAAGCAAAGAACAACAGUCUGAAGACACAUCAGCAACCAGUGACACAGGGAUUUCUGAACUCACACUUGUGUUAAUUGGUGACACAAAUUCCAUCGAGUUUGGACCAAAUAACAUCUUACUUGACCAUGACAACCAAACAAACGUGGAACAGUUGUCAUCUAAAGUCUAUGACUUGUGUGGUCGGUACAUCUCUGUCAUUAACUUGCUUGGUGUCCAAAGCAAGGACCAAAUCCCAGUGAAUCAGAGAAUCCAUGCCUUUGUCUUACUGCUGCCAAAUGGUCUGCAUAACAGCCAUUACAGCUCAGGAGUGCAGUGGUUGGAAAAAGCUUUCGGCAGAGAAUCACUGGCUCAUUUAAUCCCAGUUGUGACUCAUCAAACAGGUGAAACAUGUGAAAGUGCAUUAAAUGACCUGAAAGCUAAUCACAGUUUUGAUGAAAGAAGAUACCACACAUGUAGAAGAAGUAUGACAGAUGGAAAAGAGAUCUUAGAUCUCCUUCAAAAAGUAGAUGUCAUGGUCUCUGGAAAUGAUCCCCACUGGUACAGAGAAGUGAUACGUAGAGAGAAUAAAGAGCACCAGGAGCACAAAGAAGAAAAAACAGAGCCUUCAGUGAUUCAGCAAAACCAAACAGGAGAGGCUGAUAAAGAGAAAAAGUUCAUCAGUGAAAACAGCUGGAACAUGAAUGAACGGUCCAUGGAGCAGGGUGAUACAGUGGAGAAUACAAGUCCAACAUCUCAGACUGUUUCAUCAGAUACCACAGAACGACAUGAUCAAGAGGGGAGCACAGCUACAACUGAAGCAAAGAGUGUUCCAGUGAAUGAAUGCAAAGAUGCUGAACCGUCAGAAAAGAGCAACAACAGUGUUAUAACCAAGAAGAAAGGAACUUCAGAUGAAGACUUGUGUAGGAACAAGGAAAAGCAAGAGAAGGUUUCUGAAAAAAUCAACAGGAAGAAUCAACAUCAAAGGGAGACUGAAGCACUGUUUGGCAGACUUCACCUUCAAGACCAACAACAGCAGAAGUGGUCAUCAUCAGACUUUCUUGAGUUAGGUUCAUCCAUGAAACAGCAGCAUGAGGUAUCUGAGAAAGAUCUUCCUCAUGCUUUUCUCCACAGGCUGAUGAUGUUAGAUUACAGGGCCAGAUAUAUUCCUGUAAGACCAGACAGUUCCAAAGUGGUCCAUCCAAAGCUUGAUCCAGUGUUUAACACCACUGAGGCAGAUGACAGCGUUUUAGAGGCUUUCUUGAGUAUCGACACAGAUAAACAUCAGACAAAAGCAACCCAUGUGCAUCCAAUGGAUGUUCAGAUGGCAGUAUUUCACUGCUCAGACAACUUCCUCAAGCAGAUCAUGAUUACAAAACUAUCACAGUGUCAGUAUGCCUUACCUUUGCUUGUUCCUGACCCGUUUACAAUGGAGAUAGAGUGUCCACUGUGGAUAUUUAGACACAUAACCAAAACCUGGAAAGUCAAACUCAAACCUCAAAUCAAAGAUGAUUCAAACAUUGUCACCAUGAAGAGUAUUCCCAUCUGCAAAGCUGAGACACCCUUGGUGUCCUUUUUCAGACUGGGUUCACUAUCAGUGUCUAAAUCUCAGCUGAUGAACACUCUGAUCAACGACCGUCACAGCACCUUCUUCCACAGACAUUGCCCAGGCAGCACCAAGUCUCGCCAUUUGAUGGAUGGUGUUGCAGAGAUCGCUUGGUACUGUCCUGCUGGAAAAGCCAACGAUGCCUUCUCUGACUGCAUUGCCUUCUGUAAUCUUCAUGGUGACGCUCUGUCGAUUGAAAAACAGCGUGACAUACUGCUUGAAAAAUCUUCAGUUAAUGUUGUUCUGGUCCCAACUUUGCAAAAAGGUGACAAAAGUCAGUCACUUAUAUCAGCCCUGUUUAAGUCUCAAAAACCUCUCAUUUGUCUGUUUGUUGAUGACAGUUUUGAUGCUGUGGAGAUGAUAAAAGGAAAAUACAAAAUGGGGCUCAAAGACAAAAGCCAUUCAGAUGUAUCUGAAGAACUGAAAAGAAUAAUUGGAGAAGUUUUGUCUUCUCCGGAUCCUUCCAGCCUUAAACCAACCUUCCAGCUUGAAACCAUGGAUGAGGUCUCUGGAAUCAGAGUGGAUGAAAGUGACCCAGUCUGUCAAAGAGGAAAGUCUGCUGCUAUGGAAAUAGUGAGUUUGCUUGAGGGGAUGGAAGUUUCAAAAAUCAAAGACAAAUUUCUCCCUUGUCAAGGCCGUCUGUGGCAUGAGUGGUGCAGAACAAACAAAGAACUGUACCAUCUGAAAGGAGACAUUGAAAAAGAGAGAAGUAAAAAACUAAGACACCUGGACCAAAUACGGCAAAGACAGUGUGAUGCUUCCUGCAGUAAACUGAUGGAGUUGUUCACCAAAAGCCUCAUGUCAUUGCCAUCAACAGAGAAAGAGUAUUUCCUGAAAUGGAUUCAGAUCCUAGUAGAUGCCCUCUCCACAGAUGAUCUGUCUUCAAUUCUUCAGAACUAUGAUAAAAUGUGGUCUGAGGUCUUGGCUUUGAAAAACAAACAUGACAAAUCUCAUCUAUUAGCAAGAAAGCAAACUGAGCUUGAAGACAUAUCAAAAAAACUACAGUCUGCAACUUUUGGCCUGGAGCACAUCUUCAGAGAAAUGGGACAGAUCUAUGAAGCCCAUAAAACAAUGAAGUCAGAGAGCAGCCGGACGGACUGGUCUAAAUACCCUGAACUGGCUGCAGAUCUGAUGAUAUCAGGACAUCCGAUGGAGCUGAUGGAUGGUGAUGCAGGCCAUGUGCCCCUAAUAUGGAUCUCUAGUCUUUUAGAUGAAGUCAUCAAGAAACUGGGUGACCAGAGAGUUUUUGUGUUGUCAGUUUUGGGCGUACAAAGCAGCGGAAAGUCAACGAUGCUGAACGCCAUGUUUGGACUGCAGUUUGCAGUGAGUGCUGGCAGGUGCACCAAGGGUGCCUUCAUGCAGCUGGUCAAAGUGUCAGAGGAGGUCAAGAAAGAGAAAGACUUUAGGUUUGACUACAUCCUAGUGGUGGACACUGAAGGGCUGCGUGCUCUGGAGUUGGCAGGUAACACCUCUCUUCACCAUGACAAUGAGCUGGCAACGUUUGUUGUUGGUCUGGGAAACAUGACGAUCAUCAACAUCUUUGGAGAGAAUCCAGCUGAUAUGCAGGACAUUCUGCAGAUCGUUGUUCAGGCUUUCAUGAGGAUGAAGGAAGUUAAACUUUCUCCCAGUUGUGUUUUUGUUCACCAGAAUGUCACAGACAUUGCAGCAACAGAGAAAAACAUGGAUGGGAAGAGACGUCUCCAAGAAAAACUGGACCAAAUGACUGAACUCGCAGCCAAAGAGGAAACUUCAAAUGCAGAAUGCUUCAAUGAUGUCAUUGCAUUUGAUGUGCAAAAAGAUGUGAAGUACGCAGCCCAACUCUGGGAGGGCAGUCCACCGAUGGCUCCUCCAAAUCCAGGUUACAGUGAGAGCAUCCAAGAAGUGAAGAACAUCAUCCUCUCUAAAGCUUCAGUGUCUGCUGGGAUCCCUCUCUCACAGCUCAAAACCAAAAUUCAGGACUUAUGGAACGCCCUCCUGAACGAGAACUUUGUCUUUAGUUUUAGAAACACUCUUGAAAUCGCCGUGUACAGAAAACUAGAAGUUCAGUAUGGGAACUGGACCUGGACCCUGAGGAGCAACAUGUUGACCAUUGAAGACCAGCUUUACACCAGAAUUGAAAAUGGAAAACUUGACAAGAUUGAGCAGAGUUACCUUCUCAAAGAAACAAGCAAAACAUACGAAGACAUAAAAACAGCAAUGAAAGCACACUUUGAGGAUGACGAAAAUAAAGAAACACUGGUUCAGUGGCAAGGCCGAUUUGAAAGCAAAAUAAAGGAGUUUCAUGAUGAGCAGGUGAGAGGAGUAAAAAGAAAACUGGAUGGUGUUAUCGAGCAGAAGAAAGCUUGUAAAAAAAUGGAUGACAAGAAGACAGAGUUUGAGAACAAGCUGCUAAAGAAGAGCAAAGAGCUCGCUCAGCAGUUACAGGAUAAAGUUCAUGAUGAAGAGGAGCUCGAAAAGCAGUUUGGCUCUGUUUGGGAUGGCUGGGUUCAUGAAUUAACAGCAGAUGCAAAACCAGUUGAGGACAUCAACUUGGAAGACGAACAGUUAGCUGUCCUUCUAGAGCUUGGUAUUGAAUUUGGUGAUGUUGAAGAAUCAAAAACAAGUGGCGGAUACAAACACAUGUCAGAGCUCGGUGAUUAUUCUGAUUAUGUAAACUUCCCAAAGAACCAAAGUCUCUAUGAAACAAGUGAACAUGGUAAAGAUAGCAAAACAGAAAGCAAAGACACAAACACACAAGGAAGAUCUUUUCUGAGAUCUGUUUUCAAGACUGUUCAAAAACAUCUUGGACUUGGUUCAACAACCCAACAAAAGCAACAACAGAAAUCACGUAGUCUUUUGUCAUGUAAAGAAGAGGAACAGAUCAGAGAGCUCAUCAACAACGUUGAGAAAGAGUCCCUUGAUGAAAUCCAAAGCAAACCUGUUGCUACAAGAGGCUACGUAUCAACUUACUUGCAAGAGGUGGCAAAAAAUGUGAAAGAGGAAGUGAAAACAUUUCAGUCAACGUAUAAAUAUACUUUGAAGAAUGAGUUCACAGUCGAUCUUUUACUGUAUGUGUUUGACAGGAUGGAGAGUUGGCUUCUAGAGUCCCAGAAGACAUUCAAAGAGAACAAUGAUGCACUCGCUUAUCUGGACAGCAAGAAAAUGCAGUAUUACUCCAUUUUCAGAAGCUUUUGUAAGGGAAGCUCAUCUGCUGUUGUACUUGGAGAACUGAUCUGUGAAAAUCUGAGAGACUCUGCUGCUGACGCCGUCUAUAACAGGACUGCUAUUGGUCUCGCUGAUGAGAUGAGGUGUAAUUUCCCAGCAUUCAAUGGAAACAGGCUGAACUUUGAGAAACAUCAGCUGAAGUCGCUCGCUGAGAACGAAGACUUUAAUGGUUUCAUCAAAUACAUCAGAGAUCCAAGGGCCCAAGCAGAGACUUUCAUAAAAAAGAAAGUAGAGAAAUACAUCUUCAGGGAUCACAAAGAUAAAGCAAUGAAUAUACUCAAGAAAAAUGUUGGCGACAUCAACACCCUUGUCAGUGAAGCUUUAUCUGCUGCGACACAGAAAGUCCAAACCCAGAGAGGAGACACAAACAUGUGGCUGUCAGAGUUUACUGGUUGUCUCAGUAAUGUGCUGAAGUUUGAAGCCAUUUCUUCUCAAAACUUCAGCGACAUAAAUGAUUUUGAAUUUCUCCAGGAAGAAGUAAAAAAAGGACUGAAGCCAAUCAUUGAGGAGAUGAAGGAACUCUCAUUGUAUAAGAUCAAGAAAUCCAGGAACAAACCUGAUAAAAUCCUCAUUGAUCAGCUGUGUAAGUGCUGCUGGGUGAACUGUCCAUUCUGUGCAGCUGUUUGCACCAACACCAUUGAAAAUCACAGUCCUGAUGACCACAGCGUCCCUUUCCAUCGACCCUCUGGGAUCAAAGGAUGGCACUACAAAGACACAGUGGAGAUGAGCAUCAAUUUUUGUACAACAGAUGUCGCCAGUAAUGGCAGAUUUUACCCCUAUCAUAAUUCAAAGACAAGCAUUCCCUACAAACAAUACAGACUUGGUGGUCCAGAGUAUGCUCAGUGGUGUAUCACCGCCGAUGACUCCAAACUGCCGUACUGGAAAUGGUUUGUGUGUCGAUUUCAAAAGCAACUGGAAGACUACUAUAAUAAAGAAUUCAAGGGCAGAGGAGCAAUUCCUGCUGAGUGGAGGUCUAUCACCAAAGACCAAGCCAUUGAAAGUCUGGACGAAAUGCGUUAGUGAAUCAACAGAACCAGUAACUCAUCAAUCAAAGCCUGAAAAAAGAGCUUUUACAGAUACAGUUUGUGACAAUUACUAGAUGAAAAAGAUCUGUAGUCUGAUUUCAAGUGAACUCAAAAACCAAAAAAAGAAAAAAGACCAAUAAUCUUCAUCACAUCCACAAAAUAUCUUUCAGUAGGAUUUGUAGAAACAACAACACGUUCCUGCAGAUAAAGAUGAACACAGAACAUGUCUUUCACAAAUCAAUCACUGCUUCAUUGAAUCCGAUUGAAAUAUUAUUAUAAUAUUAUUAUUCUUACGAGGGUGUUUUUUUUGUUAAACUUUUGGUUUCAAUAUGCAUCAAAUAUAUUUGUUAAAGUUGUUUUAAAGAGCUUAUUUUUAAUCGUUGGAAUUUGUGUGAUGUAAUGAUUAACUGGGAUGUUUUAUUUUCAUUAUUUUCUUUUAUCAUGUUAUGGAUUUAACAGCAUGCAGUUUAUCACCUCUGUACUUGCAUUGCUUUGUUAGAGAGAAAACACUAAUGAAACUCUCCGGUGUAAGACGAAUCUAAACCAUAUUUUUCUUAUAACUAGUUUUCUUAUAAUUACUUUAUGAUCACUAAAAUCACAUCUGGAAAUCAUGUCAGCACACAUUGUCUUUUGCAUUUUAAUUCUAAAUGUUUCUGUUAAAGAAUAUUAUCAUUAUGGAUGUUUUAUGUUUCUAUUUCUUGAAGUGUAUGACUGUAUUAUGGUAAUAUGAUUUGAAUUAAUCUGUAGAUGAUCCAUAUUAAUGAAUUUACUCCAGUAAGUCUUGUUGUGGGAUUUUGAGAUUGAUCAAAUGUUAAAACCAGGAGAAUGGGAUGUUUAAAUCAGAUUCUGUUACAAACGAUGAUAAAACUGGAAAUCCCAAUAAUCCUGAUUGGGUUUGAAGACGAUGAGUUGUGAUUUUCCAGGAUGGAAGAGGAGUGUUUAGAAUAAAUUUCGUUAAGUAUAUAAGAUGACGUAACGCUUUGUGCAGUUCAUAAAAAUCUCUUUGUUCUUACAGCCUCUGUAUUGAGUAAAUAUUAUUCUCAUCAGACUCUGGAGACUGUUUGAAGACUUGUUCUUGAAAACUUUUCUGAAGAUUCCAACUUUUGAUCCAUAAUGUAGAUACUCUUGUCUUUAUGAGAAAAAUCUGUUUUGACUUGAUCAUUUACUCAACUGACCUUUCACCAAGGAAAAGAAAAAAAAUGUGUUAUGUAAAUUUAUUUUUUGCAAAAUAAAAUUAUGUUCCUUUA